AUGAGGUUAACACAAAAUGGGAACAAUGGUGUUAGUUAUACCGGUCUCUCAAAUGAAGAGCCUGUCUUAAAUGGCUCGAGCGAUGAUACUGCACCAUCGAUGCCUGCAGAACCUCCAUCAUACGAUUUAGAAAUGGGGGAUAGUAAUCUCCUAAUGGAACAAAUGGAAAUAGAAGAUUCAAGUGAUAAUAUAAGAGAACCAUUCUCGGAUAAAUUAAGUAGGUUUAGGACGAAUUUCAGUAAUAAUGUUGUAAUUCCAGUACAAGAGAUAAUCAUGGAUCCGUUGGCUAGUCUACUUGCUAUGUUAUCAGAAAAGAUUGAUCUAUAUUUGAGUAAAAUUGGGAAUCCAUUGAUAUUGAGACGGUUUUUCUAUAUAUUCAUAAUGUCUGGUAUCGCUUGGCUUGUGAUGUCUAGUGGGUUGUUACCUAAUGGACGUGCCAGUGGAUCUCGAGGUAUGUUUUCUGAUCAUAGUAUUCUUCUUGAAUAUGCAAAACAAUCUUUGGAUUUAUCAAAGAUGGAACGUGAUCUAGAGUAUUUAAGUAGUAUGCCUCACAUGUCAGGUACUAAGGGAGAUACCGCGAUUGCUAAGUACAUUCAAGAAUCAUAUGGGGCUAAUGGAUUAAAAUUAAUAAAAGAUAUGGAAUACAAGGUUCAUUCCAAUUAUCCAGGUAAGGUAUCAUUGACUGCAUGGACAAAGGGUUCCCCAAACCAGGCAAUCGAUUUCCCACUGGAUGAACAGAAUUUCAAUCCCUUAGGUUCUAAUGGAGAAUUACAAAAUGUUAAUCUAAUAUAUGCACAUAAAGGGUCUCUAAAUGAUUUACAAAAAUUAAAAGAUGAUAAUAUUCUUAAAGAGAAUGAUAAGGAUGAUGAUGAUGCUACUAAAGAUUUCGUCCUGUUGAUGCAUUAUGAUAAAUUCGUCGGUGAACAAAUGAUGGCAGCACAAGAGCUCGGUGCUAAAGGUGUUAUUUUCAUUUCAGAACCUAUGGGGGAUAACAAAGAUAUUGUACAAAUGAGAUCAGUAGGUAUUCCACAGUAUGGUACAGGUGAUGCUUUGACUCCUGGUUGGUUUGGAUCUGCGAAAGAUGAGAUUAAUGCAAAUGAUUCCAAGACGAUACCCCAUAUUCCAUCGCUUCCUAUAUCCAGAGCUCAAGGUGAGAAGUUAUUAUCUCUAAUUCCUAAUAAUGGUGUCCAGUUCGAAGAUGAUCGUUUUAGUGGGCAUAUUGGAGAUACUAAACUGCACAUGAAAGUUGAAAACGCAGUACGUGAUCAUCAUUUGAUUCACGAUAUAGUGGGUAAAUUUGAAGGUAGAGAACAAACUGAUAAAGCCAUUAUUAUAGGUGCAUCUAGAAACUCUAUUAGCCGUGGAGCUAUGUAUCCAAACACAGGCACUGUAUUAUUACUUUCUCUAUUACAAUUGUUCCAAGAAAUGAAAUACAAGUAUGAUUGGAAACCGUUAAGAAACGUUUAUUUUAUAUCGUUUGGUGGUAAUGAGUUGAAUUAUGCUGGGUCCACUGAAUUGAUGGAACAACGUUUGAACGCAAUGAAAGAUGAGGUAUAUACAUAUGUGGAUAUCAGUCAAUUAGCGAUAUGGGAUGAUGAGAAGAAAUUGAACAUUCAGACACAUUCUUUAUUAUAUGAUUUCUUCCAGAAUGAUGAUAGUAAACAAGGAUUUGAUGUUUCUGUUGAACAUAUUCAACAAUAUGGUGAUUGGAUUCCAUUUUUGGCCAAUGGCAUCCCUGUAUCAGUGAUAUCUACACCAAGAACCAAGGGUAGAGAACUUCCAAUAUACACCAUUGAAGACACUUUUGAAAAUGCACGAGGGAGACUACGAGAAUCCGAAGCAGUCAAUGAUUUAAUACUUUAUUUAUUCCAUAAAAGUUUGAAGUUAAUUGAUGAUCCUCUAAUACCAUUCAAUAUUGAUCAAUAUAUCACGAUCCUAGAACAUGAGAUGAUUGGAAUGGUGGAAAAAUACUCUGACCAUUUGAACUUUUCAAAGUUAGUUGAUGGUCGGAAUAGAUGGAAGCAAAUUGCUGGUCAAUGGCAAUCUUGGAUUAAAAUUUGGGAAAACAUUGUACUACAUAAUGAAGGAGGUGUUGAACCAUCACUGAUAUCGGUCCAUAGAUGGACAUGGAACAAGAAACUAUGUAAUAUUGGGAGAAGACAAUGUUCACCGGAGGGGCUUCCAGGUCGUGAGUUUUACAAGAAUGUGGUAUAUUCACCUAGACUAUGGACCCAAGAUGAAAGUAACGGAGCAUGGGUUUUUCCAAGUAUCAAAGAUGCGAUUCAUGAGGACAAUUGGAAUUUAGCCCAAGAACAAUUAGAUUUAGUUGGUCAAACUUUCCUAGAGUCUGCAGGGCUAUUUAUCGAAGAAACGACAGACGUAGGCUACUAA